AUAGGUUCUGGGUAUUCUCACGGUCACAUUGCUAGCCUUUUCCCCAUCUCUUCAUAUUUCUCUCUCACUAUUCGUUCGUUUGGGCGCUGCUGCAUCUAUAAUUUCAUUUUUUAUAGAGUUUUAGUAAUGGGUUUAGUGUUCAGAAGCAACAGCGGAAGCAUGAGAUACUUUUCGACCCACUCAAACUCACACUCUCACUCGCAGUGCUUACCUUCUCCUCUGUUAUUCCAGUCUUCUCUCCCACUGCGCUUCAACGUACACUCAAUGGCGGUGAAGCCCAUCAAAAGAGUUCGUUGUGAGCUCCAAGCCAAAGUCAAUGGUGCUCUUUCUGCUGACUCCGACCCCCUCUUCAUUGACCGACAAAAAGCACUGGAAGCAGCAAUGAAUGAUAUAAAUAGUUCAUUUGGAAAGGGUAGUGUUACAAGAUUAGGUAGUGCUGGUGGAGCUUUGGUUGAAACUUUUCCCAGUGGCUGCUUGACAUUAGACCUUGCCUUAGGUGGUGGCCUUCCAAAAGGGAGAAUUGUAGAGAUAUUUGGACCAGAAAGUAGUGGAAAGACCACUCUAGCACUCCAUGCAAUUGCAGAGGUGCAGAAGCUUGGAGGAAAUGCUAUGCUUGUUGAUGCAGAACAUGCUUUUGAUCCAGCAUAUUCAAAAGCGCUGGGGGUAGAUGUAGAAAAUCUGAUUGUCUGCCAGCCUGAUCAUGGCGAAAUGGCACUUGAGAUUGCAGAUCGUAUGUGCAGAUCUGGUGCCAUCGAUCUUAUCUGUGUUGAUUCUGUCUCGGCUCUCACUCCACGAGCAGAGAUUGAAGGUGAGAUUGGUAUGCAGCAAAUGGGUUUGCAAGCACGCCUUAUGAGCCAAGCUUUGCGCAAAAUGUCAGGAAAUGCGUCUAAAGCUGGAUGUACUCUAAUAUUUUUAAAUCAAAUAAGAUAUAAGAUUGGUGUAUACUAUGGUAAUCCAGAAGUGACAUCUGGAGGAAUUGCAUUAAAAUUCUUUGCCUCAGUUCGGCUUGAAAUACGUUCUACAGGGAAGAUAAAGUCUGUAAAGGGAGAUGAAGAAAUUGGGGUUCGGGUUCGUGUAAGAGUGCAAAAGAGUAAGGUAUCAAGGCCAUACAAACAAGCUGAAUUUGAAAUUGUUUUUGGAGAGGGAGUUGGUAAAUUGGGUUGCAUUUUGGAUUGUGCUGAAACUAUGGAUGUAGUAGUGAAGAAGGGCUCUUGGUAUAGCUACGGGGACCACAGGUUAGGACAAGGAAGAGAUAAAGCAUUGCAGUACUUGAGAGAGAACCCUCUUCUUCUUGAUGAAAUAGAGAAGAUAGUUCGCUCCAUGAUAACAGAUGGAACUGGACAAGUAGGCACACUGCACACGAGUAACUUGCAAAUUCCCCAACAGGAUGAAGAUGAUUUUGAGGAUAUCCAAUGAUAAUCAAGGGUUUUGGUGUUCUUACUUUCUUCUAUACUACUGUAACAAGACAACCAGCAUUGCGAAUUGCAAACAGCAGCAGUUUGCCCCACUGUCUAUGCAUCAAAUGUAAGACCAGGGAUGGUUAACAAGUUGACAUCAGUAUCCGCCUGAUUCAGUGCCAGACCAAAAAUGUUGGUAGAUAUAAAGGGAAUGUAUUCAUUUUGUAAUUUUGAGAGAACAUGAAAAUUAUGGGAAAGAGGAUGGGUUGGGGGUUGGGUUGUGUUUUGAACUAACAGGCUUAAGUUAUUCC